CCUAGCUCUGUACUACGAAGAAGAUGGCUCUUCAAGACUUUGAUGAUCUCCCUGAGCUGCCUGAGGACGUUCUGACUAGCCUGGAGCAAAAGAACGCCGAGAAGAAGUAUCGAUAUCUUCGGUACAACUGCAAGGAAACUCUCGCCUUCCUGGAAGACAUCCGAGGACUUGUCAAAGGACAUCGUGGAUUCUGGCUUCAGGCCUUGCUCAAUCAGGAUGUGAUUCGUGCCUAUCUUUCCUCCACUCCGGACAAACAGGCCUUGUCAUACCUCACAGACAUUGAACUUAAGCAGGAUCCUUCGGAUCCGAGACCUUUUGAAUUGGUCUUUCACUUUGACGAGAAUCCCUUCUUCUCCAACUCAACCCUAUCGAAAAAAUACUCGCUGCCCAAAGGAGUUGAGCCUGCUCCGGCCGAUGGAAGUGUGACAGAACAGAUGGCUUCGUUCUCAGCGGAUGAAUUGGAGGUCUCUGUUCAAAAGAUUGACUGGAAAUCUGACGACAAGAAUCUCUGCAAAUUGCAACCCAGAGCUCAAGCCGAGGAUGAUCAAAUCGAAGGCGACUUUGGAUCAUUCUUCUGGUACUUCGAAUCACCGACCGACGACUUUGGUAUUGGUUUGACGAUUCAAGACGAGGUCUUGCCCGACGCUGUAGAGUACUACACAGGACAGGCUAAUGAAGACGAGGGAGAAUUCGAAGAUUACGAUGAGGAUGAGCUCGACGAAGAGGACGGGGAUGAUGACGAAGAGAUCGACCUGGAGGAUGAGGAGGACGAGCCUCAAAAGAAAAGACAGAGAAAAUGAGGGGAUCUUUAAGUCUCAGAUUCUCUUUAUUGUCAAACAAUGUGAAACAGACAUCUCAGAGAGU